AUGAACGCCCUCCAGGACGUCGACGGGCUUUCAGAAUGCAUCGGCAAGGCUAUCCAAGAACAUCUCGCUAGGUUCAACAUCAACAUUGCAUGGCCGCAGCUCGAUAACCUGGAUCAUCCCAUCCUCCGUGUCGAAGCCUUUCUUGAGGAAGCCGAUGCCACCCAUGCAGCCAGAGCGCAGUCCGAAAGGAUCGCAUCGAGAACCGUCGAUCUGGCGGGCAUGAGGACGCCAGCCCCCACGGCAAGCCCAGCCGCGAUGGAUCUCCAGAACUAUGAUGAGACCUCGUCUAUGGAUGAGUCUUAUUCGCGGGACGAGUCAUCGUCGUCGGUACAACAACCCCGCGAGGCCCGCAGGAAAGGCACUGGCGGUCUGAGGGUGUCGCACACUCAGUCAUCGUUUCAAGAAGAUCUGAGCGAACACCAACGGCAAAUGCAGGUCGAUAGCCGCAGCUUCCCAAAGCGGAAGAAGGUAGCAUCGGAGAAGUUUGUCUUCCAACCGUCCACUCUGGACAAGCUUAUCAUCGGCAUCUGGGAGCAAGUACACAGCACGCUCAACCUCGACCCGAAAGCGAUCUUUGAACAGUUCCAAGUAACGCCCAAUGGAUCCUCCAUGAGCAUGGGCAUGGUCGGCCAUGCGCAUACCGACGAAACACCCUCCACCAUGGCAGUACUCAACAACGCUCCGAAUCCGAUAUCCGAAUCCUUCAGUCAGAUGAAUGUCUUUUGUCGCAAGGUUACACAAGCGAGUCGCGUGUGCCGGUCCAUCGAAAUGAUCGUACAAGCCCGCUGGGUCGAACUGUUUGAGGAGCAGGUACUAUACCGGAGCCAAUUGAGACCAGAGCUGUCAACAACAAAGCAUAGGAAAGCUGUGUUCAUGGAAGCGUGUCAGGACUUCGAUUGGUCGGAGUAA